AUGGCUGCACCAGGAGCGGAGGUGGUGAUCUCGGGGGUGUCCGGGCGCUUCCCUGAGUGUGACUCCGUGGCCGAGUUCAGGGACAAGCUGUUCGCCGGUGAGCACCUGGUGUCCUGCGAUCGCCGCCGCCAGGACCUGGGUCCCAGCGCUGCACUGGACACGGGCUGCUCGUCCAGCCUGUACGCGCUGGAGGCGGCCGUCGCCAGCAUCGCCGGCGGCAGGUGCGACGCCGCCGUGGUCGCCGCCACCAAUGUGUCGCUCAACCCGCUGCUGUCCACGGCGCUGCUGGGUGCCGGCGCGCUCACCCGCGACGGUCGGUGCAAGGUCUUCGACAACUCUGCGGACGGCUACACGCGCGCUGAGGCGGUGGUAGCUGUCCUGCUUCAACGCGGGGCCGACGCCCGGCGCCUAUACGCCGAGGUGUUGGGCACCGGCACCAACUGCGACGGCCGUACCGCGCACAGCAUCAUGUUCCCGUCAGCCGAGGCACAGGCGGCGCUCAUGACGGAGACGUGCCGCCGGGCUGGGGUCGACCCACUGUCGAUGGGCUACAUCGAGGCGCACGGCACCGGCACCAAGGUUGGCGACCCGCAGGAGCUGCGGGCGAUCGCGGAGGCAUACUGCGGCGGCAGGUCCUCGCCUCUGCUGGUCGGCUCCGUCAAGUCCAACAUGGGCCACGCCGAGGCGGCGUCCGGCCUCUGCUCCCUCGUCAAGGUCGUGCUGGCCUUCGAGACCGGACUGAUCCCGCCCAACCUGCACUUCGCAGAGCCCAACCGCGGCGUGCCGCAGCUCCUGGACGGACGAAUACAGGUGGGACUCGUCCACAUCUCCCCGUAA